AUGAACUCUUCCCUCAUCGCCUUCUUUGCUAUUCUCGCUGUCGUCUCUGCUGGACAAGGAUACCCAAGCUUUUUGAGGGAUACGCCAAGAAAUGUGCAACAGGGAUAUUAUCAAAUCAUGAGAGAUUCGACUUUGACUCAGCAACAAAAGGAUCAACAAUUGCAGCAGUGGGCUCAGACAAAUAAUCUUUCGACCCAAUACUCUGACUACACCCAACAACAGGAGCAAAUGAACCAACAAGCUAGCCAAAACACGUCCCAAAUCAUCUCACAACUCUCGAAUGUCCAAUCUCAACUCGAAUCCAUUCUCAACAACGAUUCCCAAACUGGAGCACAAAUGCAACAGGCGAUUCAGUCUCUGACCAAUCAGUACCCACAAGAAGUUCCAGUAAUUUUCUAUAUCAGAAAAAUGGCCAUGAGACAAAACAAUAAUUGA